AAGGUGGGGAAGAUUGUUUAAGAGAUAUGAUGAAGACAGAAUCUUCAGAAAUGCUUUAGUGGGGCUAGAGGAAAAGGGCAGAAGGGACUCAAGAUACAGAGUAUAGAGCAAAGAAGUCAUCAUGAACGGGAGGACAGCACAGGAUCUGGAGAGGGAUGUGUGUAGUGCUGCAGAAUAGGGUCGAAAAUGGAGAGGGCGGAAAGGCCAAAGCUAGAGGGUUUUGGGGCAGAAGGAAGUUCUUUUGGACAUUUCCUUGGUGAACUGGGAGCCAGAUUCUCUUUAGGACAGACUAGUGAAGCAGGGUGGGGAGGAGACUGCAAGCUACUGUGCUUUAGAGUGAUGAUAACCACGUCUCCCGAGUGGUCACAGUCAAGGAGAUCCAAGUCCUGAAGGCUUAGGAUGGCCCAUAGUCAUUCCACAACCCCAGCGGAGGCUCCAGUGCGCAUGCCCAGAUCGGUGGUUAUUGUUACGUGUAUUAGCCACGUCCCCUGCCUCCGGGGUCUCUGGCUGCGGUUAGGCGGGAGGGGGUGGGUAGUUUGGGGAAUCUGAAUCUGCCCCUUGGCUGUGGGGAAAGAGUGAGUACGGCCCGCAGUUCCCGCCCCGACGGGCUCCCGUCACCUCCCGGGACGCCAGCCUGGCCCUCUGGAAAGGUCCCCCAUCGUCCGGAGCCCGGCCCCAAGCUGCACAGACGCGUCUCCAGCAGCCCCUUUCGAAUGGAAGUCCUAGACGAGUUUGACAGCGAGUUUCCGCAGAGUGUGUCCUUCUGCCAGCUCAUCUCUGAGGACGACUUCGAGAGGCAGGCUGCGACUUACACGGAGCGGGCGCUGCGCCGCCUCUUCCGCACCUUGGACCGCAACCCGGCUCUGGCGGAGAGGGUCGUGCGCAAGGGCAAGCAGACUGAGUUAGAGCAGCGUGGGCUCUUUUCCUUCUUAUGGGUGAAGUUUGUCUGUGCUGUCCAGGGGGAACUGAACCAGUGCAACAGCAUGGGUGCCCUGGAGAUGCACCAGCGCCUGCAGCAGCUGAAGAGGCGUAUCCACUGUGUGCACAUGUAUUCUCAAGAUGCCAAGAAGAAGAGGAAAAAGCUGAAAUCAGAGAAACCAGAGUCUAUCCUGUUACAGGACCGGUCAUCCUCCCCAUGCCUGCUGCCAGCCCUGUUACCACCACCGCUGCCACCACCACCUGUUACCACCAUGGCCUCUGUAGUGGCCUCAUCACCUUCUGUCUACACUAUGCCCAGGGUCUUUGGUCCCUUCCCUCCACUGUCUGGCAAGCUGGUGGAGAAACUGGACAUUUCAAGGUCUGAAGUGCAAUUAAACUGGAAUGGACUUUCAUCAAACCCAAAGAGUCACAUUGUUGAUCUGACCCCCUUGAUCCUCAACCCUGGAGGCUUCCAUUACUCGUAUUUGGCACGAAACAGUGUGGUACACAAGCUCCAUUGCCCUGGCUUCCCAUGGACCUCAGCCUGUAGUGGGCCUCCAAACACUGAUGAGACUCCAUCUCCUGUUGUGAAAGCUUCCAUCUUCACACCGCCUGUCCUACUCAAGUUUCAGCCUGUGCCCAGACCGAAAGAUAACUCAGAGAACGACCCUGGCAGUGCAGAGUCUAAUCCCACCAAGAGGAGCCAGUGAUCUCUUCCCUACAGACCAUGCUCCAGGAAGGAAUAAAAUUCCCAGAGAUGCAUUCUUGUGCUGAGUUCCCCUGGGCUUGUGCAUGCUCUCUGUCCUUCUAUGUGAAAGAAAUGGUUGGGUAGAGCAAACUUGAGCCUCCAGCCUAAGCCUGUAUAUAAGAAUAGUACAUGGUUGGAUCAGUACCAUGAGAUAUCCCCUUGCUUACACAUACAUUUUGAGAGAAUGAAGUGGGGAAUACUAUCCUUCCCUUUGGUGACUCUGGCCCCUUUGGGUGUCUCUUCAACCUGAGUUGCAAAUCUACCAUAUUUUUCCUAAACACAAGCCUUAUUUUGUAGGUGAUCAUCCCUGGAGGAGAAUGGGCAAGGCUAUCAGUUUCUAGUUUGGCACCUUGCUAAGAAAUUUCUAAUGUGACUCUUAUUGUUGGCCUUAGAACUUGACCUGCAUGUGAGAAGUCAGUCCUUCCUAAAUAUCUGAUCAUUACUGGACAUUAGCCAUAACUUGUGACUGGAGAUCAUAAACCCAACAAUAGAAAGCCCUGUUUUUUUGUGGGGUUUU